UUUAUUUAAAUGAUUUUAUAUGACCCCUCGACUAGUUAGUUCACUCUGACUCGAGUUCGGCGUCGUAGUUCCUAUCAUACAUACAAUAAUAUUCUAUUUCUUGUAACAAAAACUCGCUUUUAAAAUUCAAACAAUGUCACGGCCGGUUUUGUCGACUCACGUGCUCGAUGUAUCUACCGGCAAACCUGUCCCUGGAAUGUUUGUAGAGUUAUACAAGAAAAGAGAGGAACUUUGGACGCUGUGGCAUAACACUGUGACAAAUAGCGACGGAAGAAUACAAUUUCCUUUUUUACAAGAAUCUAUGGGAGCUGGAACUUACAAGCUGAAAUUCAAUGUUGAGGAAUAUUACUCGAGAAACAGUAAGGAAACGCUCUACCCGUUUGUAGAGAUAUCAUUCAAAACGAAGGAAGGAGAUCACUACCACAUCCCACUACUGCUCAGUCCGUACGGUUACUCGACUUACAGAGGCAGUUGAACCAUGCGAAGUGAAUGAAUGAACCACUCAAAACAACAACGGACUUGCAUUAAAUAUAAGUAUUGCACUUAUUACGGCUAAUAAAUCACUAAAAUAACA